CUGAAAACGGAAUGGUUCGCGUCUUUGCGAGUAGUAGGAUUGGUUUCAGGACCUCGGGGAAAACCAUUCAUUUCAACGGAUUAGUUUUUAUGGCAACAAUCCGCUAUUCCGGUCGUCAGUAUUCCGCGUUUGGUGUCGGCGUAUUUUACUCAUAAUCGUUUUGCUCGUCGUUUUGUUGUGAUUUGUUAUUAUUAUUUCUUCAAACUAAACUGAAUGAUUAUGAAGUGGAUUUAUUAUUUAUCCAUCGUAUGCGUAGUCGUGCAACUUUCAUCGCAAGAUGAAGAUCUCGGCGAAUUAGCGAAAUGCUUUCCUUUAAACAAAUCGACGCUUUUAUCGCCUAAAGAAUUAUUACCCGGUUUAACGCAAAGCCGAUUACAAUUCAGUCUGGAAUUCAUGAAAAAUGUGUUCAAAAAAUCCAAACCAGGAUCGAAUGUGUUCUUUUCACCUCACAGCGUAUAUCAAGCAUUAUUGUUAACGUUGUUCAUUUCGGACGGAGAAACAGAAAAGAACAUCAAGACAGCGUUGCGUAUACCGCAUGAAAUAGAUAAACUAGAAGUGCUCAGAAUGUACACGUUGGAAGCUGGCUUCGAGAAAAUGCGCGCUUUGAACGCUUCGGCCAAUUACGAAUUUAAUAACGUUAAUAAAUUCUUUUAUGAAAAUGAUUUACCAGUCAGAGAAUGCAUGAAAAUGGUAUUUAAAGAAGAAUUGGAGUCGUUGAAUUUCAAAUACGAUCCAUUUUUGUCCAAACAAAUUAUCAACGAGUGGGUUUCCAAUCAAACUAAAUAUCAGAUCAAUGACCUUCUAAGUGAUAGCGACGUUCACGAAGAUACUAAAUUGAUAUUGGUAAAUGCGAUGUACUUCAAAGGUCUAUGGCAGUCGAAAUUCUUACCAGAAAAUACCAAAAAAGAAAUCUUCCAUAGUUCACCUUCUAAAAAAACCUUUGUACAAAUGAUGAAACAAAAAGGCAAUUUCAAAUAUCUGAUAUCCGAAAAACUCGGCAUACACGCCGUACAGCUUCCAUACAAAGGAGAAGAUAUUUCCAUGUUCAUCUUACUACCACCUUUCGUCGAACAAAACAGUAUCGAAUUUUUGCUCAGAAAAUUAACUCCCGAAAUGAUCUCAGAAAUUGUCGAACCUAAUUACAUGGUAGAACGUCCGGUGGAAUUAGGAGUUCCCAAAUUCACGGUCGAACAUAAAUUAGAUGGUUUAGUUCCUAUUUUAGAAGCCAUGGGCGUAGGCGAUCUCUUUAAAAAUAGUUCUAAUUUGAGCGCUCUGACCGGAGGAAACGAAGUAUCUUUCAACGAUGUGGUACAUAAAGCUAAGGUAUCGAUAGACGAACAAGGAACGGUAGCUGCUGCAUCCACAGCCAUGUUUACUUUCCGAUCCUCGAGACCUUUAGAACCUAUAUCUUUCAUUUGUAAUCACCCAUUUUUGUAUUUCCUCUACGAUAAUGUCAGUCAAACCAUUCUUUUCAUGGGUGUAUAUAAUUCACCUGCAUAGACGAGCGUCGAGAAAUGCGAGUUGAACCGUUAUAUUCGAUAAUGACCAAAGAAUUAUGUGCUACAUUUUAUUACCUACCUAUGUGGAAUUAUAGAAACGACAUUUCCUUUUUUUUUUUUUUUUUUCAUUCGAGUUUACACUAUUAUGUUGUUUAUCGUGUGUAAAUAGGUAUUUUAUUUUUACUCGAGAUGUCUCAAUAAUGUGAAUCGAAGUCGAUGGAAUAUGCAUUUACUUUUUUCUCACAAUUGAGCAUUGACAUCCGAUUGCAUUUUGAUUUUUGUACUGUACGUUUUAAUAUGUAUGUAGAAAUUGCGUAAGAAGCGAUUUUAUUUCAUGUAUGAAUCAUUGGUUGUCAUCUCAUGAUUUUAUUUUUUUUUCUAUUUUCAUUCAUUUCUUUUGUUUUUGUGUCUGUUUCUGUGUAAGUGUGCGUUUGUAUAUAUCUUGAUUAAGUUACCCUACGUCGUGACGAAUACUUUUGCACAGUUUUUUUCUACGAUAUAAUUGUAUAUAAUGUUACUGUAAUUUAUUUUUUAUGAAAAUAUUUCGAAAUAAAAUUCCUAAUAAUUUUAAAACAA